CGCAGGUUGGCUUGGCAGUUCCUGCUGACAGCGCCGGCCCGGCUUCUGGGAGGAAAAGCCGGGGAACGAGUGCCGUGACUCAGGCGACCUGGGGCGAGGAGUCAACUCUCGUCUCUUCUUGGCUCUCCAGGGGCAUCUCGGUGCGCCUUGAGCUUGUCUGGCGCCCCCUGGCACUUCCCCGGAUGCCCUAGCCUGGACCGCGCCCUCUUGGCGGGUCACAAACAUGUCGGACAAAAGUGAAUUAAAGGCUGAAUUGGAACGUAAGAAACAGCGGUUGGCCCAAAUCAGAGAGGAAAAGAAGAGAAAAGAAGAAGAAAGGAAAAAAAAAGAAACUGAUCAGAAGAAGGAAGCUGUUGCUCCUGUGCAAGAAGAAUCAGAUCUUGAAAAGAAAAGAAGAGAAGCUGAAGCAUUGCUUCAAAGCAUGGGGCUAACUACAGAAUCCCCCAUAGUUUUUUCUGAAUACUGGGUCCCUCCUCCUAUGUCUCCAUCUUCCAAAUCUGUGAGCACGCCAAGUGAAGCUGGAAGCCAAGACUCUGGAGAUGGCGCUGUGGGAUCUAGGACGCUGCAUUGGGAUACAGAUCCAUCAGUUCUUCAGCUUCACUCAGAUUCCGAUUUGGGACGAGGACCUAUUAAACUUGGAAUGGCCAAAAUUACGCAAGUUGACUUUCCUCCUCGAGAAAUCGUCACAUAUACUAAGGAAACUCAGACUCCAGUUAUGGCUCAACCCAAAGAAGAUGAAGAGGAAGAAGAUGAUGUAGUGACUCCUAAACCACCUAUUGAACCUGAAGAAGAGAAAGUUUUAAAAAAAGAUGAAGAAAAUGAAAGUAAAGCUCCACCUCAUGAGCUGACUGAAGAAGAAAAGCAACAAAUCUUGCACUCAGAGGAAUUUUUAAGUUUCUUUGACCAUUCUACAAGAAUUGUAGAAAGAGCUCUUUCCGAACAGAUUAACAUCUUCUUUGACUACAGUGGGAGAGAUUUGGAAGACAAAGAAGGAGAGAUUCAAGCAGGUGCUAAACUGUCAUUAAACCGGCAAUUUUUUGAUGAACGUUGGUCAAAGCAUCGGGUUGUUAGUUGUUUGGAUUGGUCAUCUCAGUAUCCGGAGUUACUUGUGGCUUCCUAUAAUAACAAUGAAGAUGCUCCUCAUGAACCUGAUGGUGUUGCCCUUGUGUGGAAUAUGAAAUACAAAAAAACUACUCCAGAGUAUGUGUUCCACUGCCAGUCAGCGGUGAUGUCUGCUACAUUUGCAAAAUUUCAUCCAAAUCUUGUCGUUGGUGGUACAUAUUCAGGCCAAAUUGUGCUUUGGGAUAACCGUAGCAAUAAAAGAACUCCAGUGCAAAGAACUCCACUAUCAGCUGCUGCACACACACACCCUGUCUAUUGUGUAAAUGUUGUUGGAACACAAAAUGCUCACAAUCUGAUCAGCAUCUCCACCGAUGGAAAAAUAUGUUCAUGGAGUCUGGACAUGCUUUCCCAUCCACAGGAUAGCAUGGAGUUGGUUCACAAACAGUCAAAGGCAGUAGCUGUGACAUCUAUGUCCUUCCCUGUUGGAGAUGUCAACAACUUUGUUGUUGGGAGUGAAGAAGGUUCUGUUUAUACAGCAUGCCGCCACGGCAGCAAAGCUGGAAUCAGUGAGAUGUUUGAGGGACAUCAAGGACCAAUCACUGGCAUCCAUUGCCAUGCAGCUGUUGGAGCAGUAGACUUCUCACAUCUUUUUGUCACUUCAUCAUUUGACUGGACAGUAAAACUUUGGACAACUAAGAAUAACAAGCCUUUAUAUUCAUUUGAAGAUAAUUCAGACUAUGUUUAUGAUGUUAUGUGGUCACCCACCCACCCAGCCUUGUUUGCCUGUGUGGAUGGCAUGGGGAGAUUGGAUUUGUGGAAUCUCAAUAAUGAUACAGAGGUACCAACUGCCAGCAUUUCUGUGGAAGGUAAUCCUGCUCUUAAUCGUGUAAGAUGGACCCACUCUGGAAGAGAGAUUGCCGUGGGUGAUUCUGAAGGACAGAUUGUUAUAUAUGAUGUGGGAGAGCAGAUCGCUGUUCCCCGCAAUGAUGAAUGGGCACGGUUCGGCCGAACACUUGCAGAAAUUAAUGCAAACCGAGCUGAUGCAGAAGAGGAAGCAGCUACCAGAAUACCUGCUUAGUUCCUAAAAAGAGGAGUAUAGCCGUUAGUGGACUGGGGGAAGGCUCUUAAGUAGAUCCUAAGACUGUUUGCAUGCUUUUGUCUGAAUGAUAAUUAAAGAGAAAUUUCAUGGA